AUGCCCUGCCCGUUCAUAGGAUCGUUCAGUCAGGCCUUCGUGAAGAAUUAUGGGUCGAGCCUUAUGAAACAAUACGGAAAGUUCUGUCCCGUACUCACACGGAGCUUCCGCUCGCUCGGCAAUGAUGAGACCAAAUGUCCCUUUAUUCAGCAAAACGCAAUUAUCUCAGACGCUCCCAAGGAAAUGACCGAAGACAUCUCUGAGCCCAUUGAGCAGUAUCAGUAUGAGAAAUUCUUCCAUGAACAAAUAAGCGCCAAAAAGAAAGAUUACUCUUACAGAAUCUUCAGGAAAGUAUCCCGUUUAGCCGCUGAUGGUAUGUACCCGCAAGCUUUAGAGGGUGCGGAGAACCGUCAAGUCACUGUCUGGUGCGCCAACGACUACCUUGGAGCGUCUCGUCAUCCAGCUGUUCAAGAUGCUGCAAUCAAUGCCAUCAAAUCUUAUGGCACAGGAGCUGGAGGAACCAGGAACAUAGCUGGAAACUCUCAGAUGACUGAAAAACUUGAGAAGGAGCUUGCCAAACUACACAAGAAACCAGCGGCUUUAAUAUUCAGUUCCUGCUUCGUUGCUAACGAUGCAACAUUGUCUACUUUAGCAAAGAUAUUGCCCGGCUGUUUAGUUUUUUCUGAUGCUGGAAACCAUGCAUCAAUGAUCCAAGGGAUUAGAAACAGUCGAGCUAACAAACAAAUAUUUAGGCACAAUGACCCAAACCACUUGAGAGAGCUGCUGGCUCAAUCCCCCUCUGGUGUUCCCAAGCUAGUCGUAUUUGAGACUGUCCACUCCAUGAGUGGAGCAAUAUGUCCAUUAGAUGAAAUGUGUAAUAUAGCCCAUGAGUACGGAGCCCUGACAUUUGUUGACGAAGUACAUGCCGUAGGACUGUAUGGAAAGCAUGGGGCUGGUAUAGGAGAAGAAAGAGGGCUACAACAUAAAAUAGAUAUAGUAUCCGGUACACUGGGAAAAGCAUAUGGUAAUGUAGGGGGUUACAUAGCUGGCUCUACCUUAUUGAUUGAUACGGUGAGAUCUCUAGCUCCUGGCUUUAUAUUCACAACAGCACUUCCGCCUCCGGUUCUAGCCGGCUCAUUAGCUGCUAUUAGACUCCUUGCUAGUGAGGAGGGCAGGAGCUUAAGGGCAAAGCAACAGACGAUAGUAAGAUACCUGAAGUUGUCACUAUUGGUGGCUGGCUUACCCCAACUGCCCUCUGUCAGUCACAUUGUACCUGUUCCUGUGAAGGGUGCCGAUAAGGUGGCACAAGUGGCGGAGUCGCUCAUGAAACGUGGUCACUACGUGCAAGCGAUUAACUACCCCACCGUAGCGCGUGGUGAGGAGCGCCUGCGGUUUGCUCCCGGGCCUUAUCACACCCCCGAGAUGAUCGACAGCCUCAUCACUGCCCUAACUGAAGCAUUCCAUGAAAACGAUAUAAGCUUUAAUGAGUUUAUGAAGAAUGGUACGUGCCGCGAAUGCAGCAUGGAGUACAAGGUUGACAUCGCUUACGAGGAACCUUACAAAUAUCCCAUGCAAGUCGCGUAA